CUUUUUUUCCUCUUGUACAUAUAAAAUGAAAAAACUAGUUAUAUUAGGAGGCGGUGCAGCUGGAUUUAUGAUCGCAGUAAGGUUAAGACGAUCAAAGAUUUCUGAUAUGGACGUCGUUCUUGUGGAUAAUAAAGCAUUUUUUGAAUAUACACCAGCACUAUGUUCAGUUUUGUAUGAAGAGACUGACGAGGCAUUUCAUAAACACUUUAUGAAUAUCACCUUUGAUUAUGAGACUAUCUUGAAAAAGAUGAAUGUGAAGUUUGUGCUUGGAAGUGUUCAGGACCUAAAGGAUAACCAAGUACUUGUUGCGGCAAGAGAAGAUGAGGUUAUACGUAUUGAUUACGAUUAUGUGGCGAUCUGUACUGGAUCAAGCUACGCUGACCCAUGGAAAACAAAUGACAUCACGCAUACUCUUACUCUUGAAACACGAUUAGCUUACUUGAAGGAACAAAGACAGGCGUACUUGGCCGCAGAUAGCAUCUUGUGUAUCGGAGGAGGUCCCGUUGGAGUAGAGGUAGUCGGAGAAAUAUCGUACCGAUCGCCACAAAAGGCCAUUACGUUGAUCAACAGCGGCGAGCAAGUGUUGUCCAGCGCACCAGCGAACCUAGGCAAACAUGCACAGCGUAUUUUGGAGCAUCGAGGAAACAUUGUGUUGAUCAUGAAUGAAAAGGCAGAGAAAAAAGCAGAUGAUAUAUAUGAAACAGAUAAGACGCAUAGGCAGAUCAAAGCAGACUUGGUCUAUAACUGUAUCGGUGUGAAGCCUAAUUCAGAGUUCCUUAAAGAGUCACAUGCAGACUGGUUAGAUGAAAAAGGAUAUAUCCAUGUGGAAAGGACAUUGAAUGUGAGAGGAACGGAUAAUGUGUUUGCGAUAGGAGACAUCAAUAACAUCGGAGAACCUAAACUAUAUUAUACAGCUCAUAUGCAGGCCAUGCACUGUUGUUGA